GGAGUUUGUGUUGAAACGACCAGCUGAACAGUGUUUGAAGUGGCCUGAUCGUUCUCAAUAUGAGCAUGCAUGCUCCAUUUCAUUUCAGGUGUACCAUGAACUAGAACAUCUUCUUAAAAAUAGGUACACAAGUAAAAAAAUAUGGGUAGUGUUGAAAAGGCUACUAAUAAUGAUCCCGAACAACCACCUGUCGGAAAUUCUCCGCAAAAAGAAGAAGAAGAAGAAGAAGAUGAUCCGAUGCGUUUGUAUACAACUGAAGAACGCCGAGCGCAAGGAAAAUGCUGUCCCAGAGUCAAUAGAAAACUACUUUUAUCAAAAUUGUUUUAUUUCUGUUUUUUCUCCGCUUGGGGAUCAUUGUUGCCUUAUUUGGCAUUAUAUUUUAAACAGCUGAUGCUCACACCCAGUCAAGUCGGGAUAAUUAUGGGACUAAAACCAUUUGUUAAUUUCCUCGCCACGCCGGUUUGGGGAGCUGUGGUUGAUAAAUUUCACAUUCAUAAAUUUGCGUUACUCAUCUCUAUGGUGGCGUUAAUCACCUCAACAUUCGCACUGUCACUUGUUCCAGGCCCAAAACAACAACAAACCAUUCUAGAGAAUCACUGCAAUCGAACCGACGAUAUGACGGAAAUGAUGGCUUUGGAUGGCGAGCCAGAGAUUGACAAGAUGGUGCUAUUAUCAGAUGAUAGCCAGGACUAUUACUUUUCUAAAUCUAGGUGGCCAUGGCCGCUUGAUUUCAUAACAUCGUUCGAACAAGACAUGUACGUCAAAUACAAGAUAGAUGCAUCAAAAACAUUCACCAGUUUAUUUUUAAUCACUUUAUUUGGAACGCUGAUAGCAUCUCCAUCUCUGGCGUUAGUAGAUACAGCAACCCUGCAACUACUAGGGAAAGAGACACAUAGAUAUGGUAAACAACGUCUCACCGGAUCGUUAGGGUGGGGUCUAGGUGCAUUUAUCGUUGGAGCAUCACUAAAAACCACACAUCAUUGCUCUAUAAGCAAAAGUCGAGAGAUUGUUGAUUACAUACCCUGCUUUUACGUAUUCGCCGUUCUCAUGACAUUGGGGUUGGUCGUGUCCCUUAAAUUCAGAUUUAGUUCAUCGAAGAAAGCAGGCCAGUCUACAAGCCUGUCAGUUGGUUUAGUAGCUUUAAAGAACCCUACGUACUUGAUGUUUUUAUUUACCGCUUUAUACUUAGGAUUUCUUAUGGCUUUUAUCAAAACAUUUUUGUUUUGGCAUUUAAAAGAUCUUGGUGGGACACAGUUGCUGUUUUCGGUUAUAUCCGCAGUGAACUGUGUCGCUGAAGUGAGCAUGUACUUCUUAUCUGAAAGACUGAUCGCAAAGAUUGGUCAAGUUAGAGUCUUAUAUCUCGGUUUGAUAUGCUAUUCUAUUCGAUUAUUUUAUUAUUCAAUUAUUCCAAACACCUGGAUGGUCCUUGCAGUUGAAUUAUUGCCGGGAAUCACCACAGCAGCUGUUUGGGCCGCAUGUUUGUCUUACGUCAGCAUAAAUUCACGACCAGGAGCACAGACCACAAUGCAGUGCAUUUUGCACGGUGUUCAUUGGGGGCUUGGAUAUGGAGCUGGUGAGGUGAUUGGUGGAAUAUUAGUUCAUCACUACGGUGCACCCACGACCUUUGUUAUGUUCGGUAUUUUAUGCAUUGUUGUUCUUCUUCUGUAUAUCCUCAUAAACAUGAUAUGGGGAGAGAAAGAUAAACGUGAAAGACAGGACGAUGAAACUCAAACAGACGGCACAGCUUCAUCGUCUCCAAAAGCAUCAGGUACAGAUAGAUCUACUGGUAAUUCACCUAAUUCUAAAAGGAAACAGUCUCCUGAGAAUGAUACUUCUGAGAAAGCUACUCUCCCAGUUAGUCAGGAGCCAACAAAAGAUAACGAUAAAACAGAAAUAAAUAAAGAGGCGUCACCAUCAGCAAAGAGUCCUCCCCAUGUAGAAAGUGAUAAUAAACAAGAAAAACCUGACGAAAAAGACUCUAAAGAUAGCGGGAAGUCUCCACGAAUAGAGGACCUGAGUAACGAACAAUCUUCAAAACCACCGGACGAAAAGAACAACGAGGAGAAAGAGGAGACAAAAGAAGCUUCACCCAAAACUAGUCCUGGCAAAAAUGAUAGUCAUAAUAAAGAACAAUCUGCCAACGAACUCUCUGAAAAGCUGAACUGUGAAAAAGGUUCUGACCAAAAUAGUAAACCUAACCAGGAAGCAAUAAAUAGUGUAGAUGCGAAUUCCACUGAUGAGAAAAAUAACGAAAGGACUUAGUGGGGCAUAAAUUUAUAUUUAGUUUUGAUUUAUAUAAUAUAUAUUAUUAGGUGUACAUAAGUUUCAAAUUAAAUUGAUUUUAACAUAAAGUUCCUCCUUUCUCCACAAGUUGAAAAGCUUGCAAUUUUCCCUAUUAUAUUCAAGCUUUAUUAACCUCGUUCCCAGAGCUUGUUAGGCUUUUUACACUUGGACGGUUUUAGGCCGUCCAAAUAUAUGAUUAAUAUAUGCUUUAUAUUUUUUAAAAAAGACGAGUUGCUCAGGCGUUUUAUGUACACAAAGUUGUUGUUGUUUUCUCAGACUGCACAAGUUAAAAACACGACAACUA